AUGCUGCCAGGCCGGAAGAUUCUCACCGACGACCUAUCAGGCCAAUUAGAGCUGGAAGAAGAAGAAGAAGAAGAAUCGAUAGAAGAAGAACAGCUCCCAACGCAUCGCGUAUGCAGAAUAGGCCGGAGCAGACGCGCCAGCACCGGCACUCGUACCAGCAUAAGAAGAAGGGACAACAGCGACGAAAUGGUGGAGUACAAUUACGAAUUGAAGCUACUAUCUGACAUCAAAUCGAGCAUGUCGAAAUCGAAAAAGGACGACGUCAAAGAUUGCUUUAGCAAGCAGGCGUCCAGCAACCGCAGAAACAGCACCAGUUCGCAAACAUCGCGAGGAUCCGGCAGGAAAGGCAAGGAAAGAACCGCAAACCAACGCAAAUCUCUAUCGAUCUGCGAACAAAUGAGAUCUAAACAACGCGCGGCGGAAACCGCCUCGAUUUUGAGCUUCGAGUCGCCCGUCGAGCUCUCCACCGGCGGUCAAUGCGCGGCGAAUCUACCGGUUUGCAUCGGCAAAUCCGAUUGCGACGCGUUCGAACCCGAUCCGGGCACGUCGGACAAACCCACUCGCUGGAGGAAGCCCGGCGGCAUCGACGACUACCAGCAACUCCUCGAAAUCAUCCACAGGGAGAUCCAGCAGACGGUGGGCAUCCCAGCCAUUGGCUGCAAGAAAGAUCAUGGCCUGGAUUGCUGCGACUGUGAGGACCAGCCGAAGAAGAAGGUACAGCAGGAGAAUGUUAGAUUGGAUUCCGUGGAGUCGAGUGAUAGCGUGCUGGACGACGUGCUCAUCAACAAAAUGCUGUACAGAUCCAAAGACAGCCGGAGUAUGUUGACGGAGAAAAGAUCGGGGGCGCCGCGGUACUCCGAGAUCGAUGAAGAUGAAGGGGAGGCUGGUGGAAGGGUAAAGAAAACGAGGCAAAGUAGAAGUUCGGCGAGAAGAAUGCCGGAUGAUGUAUCUAUAACGGGAGUAUCUACACAGGGUACCGUAAAAAAAGAUAACAAAUCGGUGAAAAUUGACUCGGCAAGAAGAACCGCCGGUAAAAGUACCACACCGUUUGGAGGCGCUGGAGGUAGUAAAACUGGAAGAAGCACCAGUAGGGAAAGAACGAUAACACCGACCGUCAGUAAAGGACAAGCAGUCGGAGCAAGCACCGCCAGAGGAGCAUCCACAAGCAAUGGAAAUACGAAUUGGAGGAGAUCCACCGAUAGAAGCGUCAGCAACAGGAGACAAUCAACAGACAGAAGCGUGAGUAAUGGAAGAGGAUCGACUGCGCGAAACAUCGCGGGUGGAAGAUCGAGCAACCGAGGAAGAGCAACAGCGGUGAGAAUACCAAUAAUACCCGAUUACUUGUUCCACAACGAAAUCAACGCCAGCUCGACCGACAGGCGAUUGGGUCCGGCGUCGUUGAGCCAGCUCCAAAGGAAAUACCAAGACGUCGAAGACGAAAACGGCCCCGUCGGCGCCCUGCUCGCCUCCAAGGCGUUCGUCCAGCUGGCCUGCACCCCGCUCGUCGGCUACCUGGUGGGCGUCUGCGGCUGCUACGUGCCGCUCCUCGUCGGAUCCUGCAACAUGCUGCUGGCCGCCAUACUGUUCGCCUGCGGGAGCUCCUACAAGGUGCUGGUGCUGGCGCGGGCGCUGCACGGCAGCGCCUCCGCCGCCACCGCCAUCAGCGGGAUGUGUUUGCUGGCCAAGAAACUCCCCGCCGAGCUGCGGGUGAAGCUGAUGCCGAUGGCUUUCGGAGGUAUAGCGCUCGGCGUAUUGAUCGGUUAUCCACUGGGAGGCGCCGCCUAUCAAGCGGUUGGAAAAUCCGCUCCGUUUAUACUACUCGCCGUUUGUAUAGCUCUCGUUAUCGUUCUGCAGGUGGUGUAUUUGAAAGAAGAGCACGGCGAAUCGGAGAUUUCAGAGGAGAGUUACGUGAAGUACUUGGAGGUGUUUAGAGAUAGGAGGACAGUGAUAGCGGCUUUGGUGAUCAGCAUAUCAACAUCUACUAUGGCUAUAUUGGAGCCUUGUGUGCCGAUGUGGUUGCUUGCCAAGUUCGAUCCGCCGCCGUCCAAGUGGCAAUUGGGCGCUGUUUUCAUACCUGAUAGCGUGGGGUACUUCGUUGGAUCCCACUUUACCGGUCUUCUGGCGGUGGUUCCCUGGAGGAUCGCCGUGAUAGCUAUGGUGGUGACGGGGUUGAGUUGCUACGCCCUGCCGCUGGCGACGGCCCUGUCGCAAUUGACCCUUCCGCAUUUCGGGAUCGGUUUGGGCGUCGGGGCGGUGGACGCCGCUUUGGUGCCUCUGCUCGCUUCGUUCGUCGAUAACAAAGGGAUGAACGAGUACGGGCCGAUUUAUUCGCUCCAGCAAGCCGCCGUGUCGGUGUCGUACUCGUUGGGGCCCUUGAUCGGGGGCCAAACGGUGCAGAUGUUGGGAUUUCCGUGGUUGAUUCGCAUCGUGGGGUUUUUGAAUUUGUUGGUGUGUCCGUUGUUGUUGGAAUUGGAAGCGAAGACGGAAUCUGUACCUCUUAUGAGCGAUUCUGCGUCGAUGUAUGACCGAUUGGAGGACGAACGGGAACUCCGAGUUACGAAGUAAAAUGUCUAUUAUCUAAUAAAAUUGGGAUGGUAGCCGAUAUUGGUAAAUUUUUUCUCUCACAAGCGAUUAUAUGCUAAUAAAAAUAUGAGAAAGAAUCUCC